AUGAAACUCCUACUACCCCUCCUCGCCCUAGCCGGCCUCUCCGCCGCCGCCAGCCUAAGCCAACAAGAGUGCUCCGACCACGCCAACGAAAUCCAAGACGGCCUGCGAACUGUAUACCCAUACCUCGAAGCCGCCGUCAACUCGGACGAAGCCCAGAGGCCCGAGAACCGCGCCUUCGCCGACUCGCUUUCCAGCGCCAUGACGCAGGUGUCGAGCGCCACGGGACCGCGCUCUGAUGCCUUCCACAGCGAGAUGGUGCAGCAUUGCGGCGAGGGAAGUGAAGAUGUGGAGGAUGACAUGCCGUUUGCGUCGGCGGUUUUUGGAGCCCUUGGGGAUGUCUAUAACGCGAUGCCAGGGGGCGCGAGUCGGGAGCGCGAGAGUCGACGCCUGACGCGUCGUCAGAGUGAUGGUGGCAGCGGCUUGCUCCGGAUACUUGCUGAGAUCAUCCUCCGAUUGUUUGGUAUAGUUGAUACCUAUGCCGAUAUCCUGGACCUUGACGCGGGAAUCCUGGCCAUUGUGGGCGGAAUCCUAAAUAUCAACGGCCCAGAGUGA